UAUUGUCAUGAAUUUUAAUUAAUAAAACACCAGUAUUCAAACGGCACUGGUUUUCGGAUAAUGUGUGUUUUAAACUGGGAAAUUCCCGUACGAUUCUCUUUCCACAUCAUCUAACCAAAUUAGGAACAAAUCGAUUUGUGAGAGAGAAAUAAAGCAUAAAACUCACUAUUCUAGUGUUUUAUUGAAAAAGAAAAAAGUAAAUAAAAGGAAAAAUGAAAGUGAAUUUGUUACACGACUUAUAAUAGGAAUGCGAGAUAAUAUUUUGGAAUGUGACUAAACAUUUGUUUAUCCUCUACGGACAGACAGUGAUGAUAGGGGUUAUUUUUGGUGGAUUUAUUUGCAUCUGUUAUUUAUUUAAAAAACCAAAUACUAAUACUAUAUAAAAAAAAGUGAAACAAACUGAAACUAUGAUUAAAGGAAAAUACAGUUUGCUGUUGUUUGGCGUUUUUAUACCGCUAGUUGUUGGAUCUCAUUUCUCGGAACUUAUUAGGAAAACCAUACCACUAAGCGUGAGCUGUGACCCCUGCACUGAUGACCAGUUUCAGUGUAGAAAUUGUCGAUGUAUCAUGAAAUCUUUCUUGUGUGACCAUGUCAGCGAUUGUCUGGAUCACAGUGACGAGCCUAGCACUUGUGCGACCAAGAGUUGUAAAGGUGAUGAGUUCAGGUGCAAAAACCAGCUGUGUAUGCCGCAAGACUGGGUUUGUGACGGUUCUAAUGACUGUACGGACAACUCUGAUGAAACCCAUUGUACUGCAAAUCCGCGGACUUGUAACGACACAGAAUACAUGUGCCCCGAGAACAACCAAUGUCUGUCGCUAUCCAAAUUGUGUGGUGGUUAUCUGACAUGUGGUACCCAGGGAAAACCAGCUGUGUGCACCGAAUAUUUGAGUAAUUUUACACAAUGUAAAAACGGACACUGUUUGAGAGGACCAGAGUAUGUGUGUUCACUACAUGGUAACUACAAGCAUGGCGUGGAAGUUGUGUGUAUAUGUAGGCAAGGUUACAUGGUCGACGAAAAAGACACCAGUCAAUGUGUUGACUACGAUGAGUGUGAGAAGUUUGGAAGUUGUGAUCAGAAGUGUGUCAAUUUACCGGGAAGUUACCGCUGUCAAUGUGUUGGGGGCUACAUGAUAGAAGGCAAGGGAACUUGCAGGAAUGUUCAUGGAGUCGAAGCAAAGUUGUAUGUCGGGACGGAACAUAACAUCACGCGCAUGCGCAUGAAUGGAACGGAACCGGAACUUGUUGUCACCGGGAGCGUUCGAGAUUUUGAUAUAGACUAUAUAUCUCAGAACGUCUUUUUUAUCGACACUGCUGACAGAAAGGUUUACACAGCAUCGAUCGGGCGUCCUGAUAAGACAUCACUGCCGUUACAAAGCAUGCCAAAACCUUGCAGUUUGUCUUACGACUGGAUAGGCGGAAACUUAUACAUUGUCGACUGCCUUGCCAAACGUAUAGCUGUCUACAACGUUAAGAGCAGACGACAAAAGAAUAUCAUUAACGACGGUAUUCAAAAUUGCCGGGCAGUUGCAGUGGAUCCGACAACAGGGUAUAUGUUCUACACGGAUUAUGGACGGAAGCCACGGCUUUUACCCCGUAUUGUUCGCGCUUUUAUGGACGGAAGCGCUAUUCUGGAUCUAAAAUUAGGAAAAAUUUUAGCACCCAGUAGCAUAAGUUUAGAUAUAGCAGCCAGACGAAUCUACUGGACAGAUUCCAAGUUGGACGUCAUCGAAACUGCUACAUAUGACGGCUUGCAUAGAACAAGAAUCAUCUCUGGAAGUCGAAAUAUACCUGCGCCUGUUAGUCUCGCGGUGUUCGAGAACGAGAUCUAUUUUGCUGACGUCACAAAGAUGGCGGUGCUUAAAAUUGGAAAAUUUGACAAAACUAAUCACAUGACUCAAAUAUGGCGGACUAAAGCAAUACUUUCAUCUGUGAAAAUUGAACACAAGGUUUUGAGAAUUACUGACAAAGCUGCAGAUCCCUGUUUAAUCAGCAAGUGUGAACAUCUGUGCGUUCUCACCCACGUGUUUGACAACGAUGGUCUCGGGUACAGGUGCGUGUGUGAGGCAGGGUACCAGCUGAAUGAGGAUGGGUUCUCUUGUCGGAGUAUUGAAGAAUUUAUCAUAUUCGCAACCAAACAUUCAGUGCGAGCGAUACCAUUGGACGGCGCAAGGACACGGUCUGUUGACGCCAUGAAACCGGUUGUUGGGCUGACUAAAACCCGUCGGGGUAACAGUUUUGUUGCCGUUGAUUACGACGCGACCAGAAAGGAGCUUUACUACUCGGACAUCUAUAACAGGGCUAUAUUUAAAUCACCAAUUGAUACAGCAGAGGUCAGCCAUGUUCUAGCAAACGACAUCCGGUCUGUUGAAGGAAUCAGUCUGGACUGGAUCUCUCGUAAUCUAUAUUUCACGGACUUUUUCGCGAAGACUGUGUCAGUCAUGCGUCUGGAUGAACCAGAUCAGAGACGAGUAUUGUUGACUGGUUUAGGCAGCCCACGUUCGGUUGUCGUACAUCCGGCACGAGGAUAUGUGUUUUUCGCUGACUGGUUGAAAGAUGGCAACAAUUUCCCGUUUAUUGGCCGUUGCCAUGGAGAUGGUAGCAACAUGACGAAAAUUCACAGGUACGAGCUCGGCUGGCCCAAUGGUAUGUGCGUGGACUAUGACCAGGACAGGGUGUAUUGGGUCGACGCUUAUUUUGACAGGCUUCAGCAUACAGAUUUAGAUGGCAACGACUUACAGACAGCCCAAGGAAUAAAGAUCGUGCACCCUUUCGGUGUGGCAGUCUUUAGAGGGUAUAUAUACUUGACUGACUGGAAACUUCAGUCAAUAACUCGAGUAACAAUGAAUGGUGAUGCAGAAACUGUCCUUCUACAAGGGGUCGAGUUGUUACGCAGCCUGAGGAUAUUUUCUAAAGAUCUGCAGAAAGUUCCCGAUAAACAUCCAUGCACUAUGGUGAAUGGCGGCUGUUCUCACUUCUGUUUCCCUAUCCCGGCUAAGACGAGUAAUGGUUCCCGUACAGUGCAGAAGCAGUGCGGAUGUCCGUUCGGAAUGAAAUUGGGUGAUGAUAAUCUUCACUGUGAAGUUAAUGCUACGGAGAAACGUACAGAAGGGUGUCGGCGUGCCUCUCUCUUCCGGUGCAAGUCGGAGCGGUGUAUAUCAGCCGCCUAUAAAUGUGACGGCGACAACGACUGUAUGGACAACAGUGACGAGGAAAACUGCCCACCAGUAAAAGAAUGUCCUGCCGACAAAUUCCGAUGUAACAACGGGAAAUGUCUCGGUUACCAUUGGAAAUGUGACGGCGACGACGAUUGUGGGGAUAUGUCCGACGAAUCACAGUGCCCCAAUAAACAGUGCAAGCCACAAGAGUUUCAGUGCAACAAUACUUUGUGUAUACAUAUACGGCUGAAAUGUAACUCGGAGAACGAUUGUGCCGACGGAUCGGAUGAAGGGGAUUUUUGUGAACAUCACGAGUGUCAGCCUGGUCACUUCCAAUGUGCGGACAAACGGUGCAUAGCAGAGAGACUAAAAUGCGAUGGCGAAGAGGACUGUUACACCGGCGAGGAUGAAAACAAUUGUCCGCCAUUAAAAUGUCCAGCUGAUUCAUGGAGAUGUGGGACCGUUCGUCAGUGCGUACCGAUUCAAUAUAGAUGCGACGGGGCUUUGGACUGUAGGGACAACUCGGACGAAGAGAACUGCACUUCAAGACCACAAGACGGUUGUUUCAAACAUGAGUUAAAGUGCAGGACCGGCGGAUGUAUUCCUAGUCAAUGGAAGUGUGACGGUCAACCAGACUGCUCCGACUCUACCGACGAGAUUGGUUGUGAUAAGAUAACAUGCUCCGACAGUGAGUUCAAGUGUAAGAACGGGAAAUGUAUUUCGUCAGCACUCAUUUGUAACACCCAGGAUGAUUGUGGUGAUAAAAGCGACGAGGAUCAGAGUGAAACUUGUGCCCCACCUCCGUUUGCGUGUCCUCUGGGUGAAUGGGAAUGCCCGGGACCAAAAGUAAAGUGUAUUAACAGCUCCCUGGUAUGUGAUGGUAAAGAAGAUUGCCCAGGUGGUCUAGAUGAAGAUAUCACGUGCGAGAGGAACGAAUGCGCGAUAGGUAACGCCGGGAUUAUUUUGGGGUUUACGCCCCCACAAGGGUCUUCAGGUGUGUAUGUUAAGAACACCGCCUCGCUCGCUGGAAUAGAUGUGUAUAUGAAAAAUCGACAACUUUUUUUCUCCGACUCACGGACCAUGAAAAUUUACAGAAUGGCUGUGGAUGGAAAGGAUUUCACUCAGAUUAUUUCCUCUGGCAUCAACGUUGUCGAGGACAUAGCAGUUGAUUGGAUAGCGGGAAAUCUAUACUGGAAUGACUUUACAUUAGAAACUGUAGAAGUGGCCAGACUUGACGGUUCCAGUCGAAUGGUCCUCUUCAGCGAAAAUGUUACCCGACCGAGAGGGAUCGAGAUCGAUCCGCGGAAAGACGCUCGUUACAUAUUCUGGUCGGACUGGGGACAGUAUCCGAGGAUCGAACGUGCUGGUAUGGAUGGUUCAGGCCGCACCACCAUCGUAUCCACAAACCUGUACUGGCCCAACGGUCUCUCUAUAGACUAUCCGACACGGAGGUUAUAUUUCGCCGACGCCAAAUUAGAUUCUAUAGAAUUCUGUAAUUAUGACGGAUCAGGGCGUCGGAAAAUCAUACUCCGUUCAAACUUUUUAUUACACUCGCACGACAUUGUCGUGUUUGCCGACUUGAUCUAUUGGACGGACCGGUCAGCGGAGACGGUUUCCAUGUGCCUGAAGUACAACUGUACACAUCUCUAUACCAACCAGGAACGCCUGAACAACCCUAUAGGAGUUACUAUAUUCCAUCCGGCUAGACAACCUGAAGAUGAAAAUCCAUGCAGUAAAGCCUCGUGUAGUCACCUCUGUUUGCUUUCGCCUGUGAAUAAAAGUGGGUUCAUCUGCGCAUGCCCAAUGGGAAUGCGACUUUCACAAUCUGCUCCGCAUCUCUGUGUUGAAGACAUUACCGAUUACAUAAUGUACAGCCACGCAGAAGGUAUUUCCGCUUUACAACUUCCGGUUAGAUUAGGUAAUGAGAGUUAUCUCCCAUUGACAAGGAGUCAGAAAGUUGUUAGCAUGGAUUUUGACAGUCAGAAAAAGCAACUUUUCUUUGUUGAAGAGUCGAGCAGAGGAAAUACGACACUGAAGACCAUGGGAUUAUUCUCCGGUAAUGUUUCUAUACUCGCACCGACAGCAUACAUUGGUAACCCGGCCGGUGUUGCCUAUGAUUGGGUCUCCAAAAAUCUGUUUUGGGCCGAUUUUGUAAGCGGCACCAUUGAGGUGAUGAGGACGCAAGGUAAAUCUGUGUAUCGUAAAGUUAUUUUAAGUAACAUGGGAAGACCGAUAGACUGUGUCACACCGGUAGCAGUUUGCGUAGAUCCCUCAAGAGGGUUUAUUUACUGGAUUGAUAUUGGAGGUCACGGUUUGCGUCCCAAACUGGCGUCAAUGUUAAUGGACGGAACGCAAAGACAAUUGCUUCAUGCAAGACGUGUGGACACGCCUACAUCGUUGUCACGUGAUCCUGCUACAGGCGAUUUGUAUUGGACAGAAGGCAGACGACAACAGAUAUUAAAAUGGGAAUUUCGCACUCGUCGGGUGAUUGUUGUACAAGAUAAUGUUGGCAAACCAAACAGCGUCUCGUUAUUCGGCGGCGUUUUAUACUACGCCGACAACAGCCGACAAACUCUUAACAAACUUGAGCUACGUAAAGGCGGAAACAUGACCGUGCUGAAGAAAAAUGUCAGAAAGGUGAAGGCCAUUACAAUCUACCACAACCGCAAUGUUAAAGGGGAAACCAACAAGUGUGUUUUGAACAAUGGUGGAUGCGAACAACUUUGUCUUCCAACUAGCCCAGCGUCGGCGGUUUGCGCGUGUGGCGUUGGUUACGUCAAGGCUGAAAAUGGGUCAUGCGCAAUGAGAGAAUCAUUUAUACUUGUUUCAUUCGAAGCUUACGUGAGAGGGUUUGCUAUGAACAGAGAUGACCAUGAUGAUGCGAUUUCGCCAAUAGGAGGCACGGAUAGGAGUAUCUUCCAACUUGAUGUUCACAUGGCGGGAAAACAUAUAUACUGGGUGGAGUUGCCCGGCUCUUCUUUAACAGAAGGCAUAUAUAGAAUGAGACCGGACGGAAGCGGGUACCAAAAAGUUAUCACCGGAAGUGCUUUGAACAAACCCGGUGCUUCCGGUAUCAAAGGCAUAGCCGUGGACUGGAUUGCAGGAAAUUUGUAUUUUACCAACGUGAUGUCCAGUGACACAUAUAUAGAAGUAUCAAGGUUAGACGGACAGGAUAGGUUAGUCCUCAUCUCCGAUCCUGCCAACUCGCCCUCUGAAUUAGCAGUUAAUCCAAUUAAACGAUAUUUGUACUGGCUAGACGCUGGACAGUUUCCCAAAAUAGAACGCAGCUGUCUCGACGGUUCAAACAGAACAGCCAUUAUUACAAAUGGCGUAUUGAAACCAAGCGGGAUAACUGUUGAUAUUUUAACGCAUGAUGUAUACUGGACUGAUUCUUCCGUUGAUGCGAUUCAGAAAACGGACUAUUUGGGAAACAAUCGGAAAUACGUGCGUAGUAAUUUACCAUUUCCUGUCGGGAUCGCAGUACUAAAUGAAAACGUGCUUUGGAUGGAUCAGUCGCUUGGUAUAUUAUACAAAGCGGACAAGGGUGAGCCGAAUAUUCGCGCCAAAAUUCUAAAAGGAGGUUUACAUCACGUGAUGUCGUUGGCUAUCUUCGAUCAAAGGAUGCAGCCAAAUGUCACAAGUCCAUGUUCAAACCAAAAUGGCGGCUGCGAACAAUUGUGCUUCUCGAUUCCAAACAGUGAAGAAGUCCGUUGUAAAUGUAGUAAAGGACAAUUAAAGACGGAUAACAAAACCUGCGCUGAAUCAGAGGCAGAAUAUCUCAUAUUUACUGCGAACCAGAAGGUGCAAAGUGCCUACCUCGAUAUUGCUAUAUUAUCCGCCCCGUUUGAACCGAAGGACAACAAAGGAAGCCCAUUAGCCAUUGAUUUCGACUUUGAGAAGAAACUUAUAUUUUACUCAGACGGUCUUAAAAGAGCAGUGUUCCAAGUGAACACAACGUCGUCAAAAAGUGAAAUGGUGUUCGGAAACAGGAGUUUACCAGACAUUGAGAUGAUGUUAGGCAAAAGGAAUUCUUCAAGAGAACCAGAUCGUCCAAUUUUCUCCGAAGGCGUUGGUGAUAGCAUAUCAUAUGACUGGCUGGAGAAAACAUUUUACUGGACAGACACUGUACGAAUGGCGAUUUAUGGGAUGGACAUCAACGGGACCGGAUUCUUAAGAUACGGCGCGGGACUUCCGGUCACCGAAGUCGUGGUUAAUCCAUGCAGAAGGUUGUUGUUUUGGAGUUCAACCACGACUCUAGGAACGAUUCAGCGUUUUAGGACGGACGGUCCCCACGACAGUAAAAUCAUUUUAAAGAAAUUCGCAUUCCGUCCUAAAGGACUGACGAUAGAUUUCGAAGAUGAAAGACUAUAUUUUAUUGAAGCGUUUAAUGGUGUGGUGUACCAUUGCGACUUCGAUGGUCAAGGUCUUACAUCAUUUCUUUCUGUAAAAAGUAUGACACGGGAUAUAGCAAUAUUUAAACAGAAUAUUUAUUACGCAGACCCAGACACAAAUUUCAUCUAUAGAGCAAACAAGCUCACAGGGGCCAACGUUGAAGCUGUGUAUGAGACCAGUGACGUAGUUUUUGGAAUAGCUAUUUAUAGAAAUAGAUCCGAUACGUGUCAUACCGAUCCAUGUAAAAACAAUGGCGGCUGCAGCGAAAUAUGUACUGUGGGUUCCAACCGCGAACCCAUUUGUUCAUGUAAUGAUCCCUUUGAGACAGUACUGAGCAAAAACGGCAAAACUUGUGAAAAGAAGAAUAACACCUGCAAAGAUGACCAAUUUGCUUGUACGAAUGGAAAUUGUGUGGGCUAUACUUUUAUUUGUGACGGUAAAGCAGACUGUAUGCAGACGGACUUACAAACCGAAGAUGAAAGUAAAUAUUAUUGUGAUUAUAGACUGUGUGAGAGCUACGAGUACAGAUGUAGGAGUGGGAGGUGUAUACCAUUAAACUUCCCGUGUGACCAUGACAAAGAUUGUCCUGAUGGUGACGACGAGGAAUUUUGCGAUUACAGAUUCUGCAGCAAAUCGAUGUUUGAGUGUGCAAACCGAAGAUGUAUAAGCAGUCAAAUGAAAUGUGAUGGCGUAGAUAAUUGCCGGGAUGGAUUUAGAUCUGAUGAGUUGAAUUGCGAACCCGUGGUCUGCAAUGGUAGGGAUCAAGUGAAAUGUCCAAAUACAAACAGAUGUAUACUUAAAAAAAAUCUAUGUGAUGGGGACGACGAUUGUGGUGACGCGGCUGAUGAAGAAGACGUGUAUUGUAAUAAACAUGGAUGUGGAAUAGAUGAAUACGCGUGUACCAGUCCGUCAAAAGUAAAAUGUAUACCGAAAUCAUGGUUAUGUGACGGGGACCCUGAUUGUACAAACAUUCAAGGACAGCAAGAUGAAGCAAACUGCACAGCAAAUAUCAGUGACAGAUCAUGCGGUAAAAAACAAUUCCGGUGCACUAAUAAUAAAUGUUUACCAGAAGCAUGGGUUUGUGAUGGAUCAAAUGAUUGCGGAGACUGGAGCGAUGAAAAGAGAACAAGGCUUGGCCGUUGUGAAAAAUCCACAUGCAAAAAAGGUUCUUUCCUAUGCAGAAACCACACACCUCGAGAAAACCUUUGUAUUUCGAACAGACAGCUGUGUGAUGGAGUUGCCGAUUGUACAGACGGGGAGGACGAGAGGGGAUGUACCGCCCCUUCAUGCGAUCCCAGCGUUCCUGAGUUCCAGUGUGCUAACGGUGACUGUAUACCGGCUAGAUUUCAAUGUGACCACGUGAAGGACUGCGCAGAUGGCUCGGACGAAGGCAAAGAAUGUGUAUACAGCGCAUGUAAAGGAAAUGAAUUCAUGUGUGGCAACAAGAAAUGUAUCCCCGACCAUUUUGUUUGUGAUGAAGAGGACGACUGUCUCGACUUUUCAGACGAGAAGGAAUCCAUGUGCAAUAAGAAAGCGAUGACAUGUCCAGAAAGCAUGUUUCAAUGUUACAACAGUAGUAAAUGCAUUAACCAAUCAGCUGUUUGCGAUAAACAACAAGAUUGCAAUGAUUGGUCGGAUGAAAAGCAGUGUGGUGUAAAUGAGUGCUUGUCUAACAGUACCGACAUGUGCUCCCAGAAAUGUGUGGACCUCAAGUCUGGGUAUAAGUGCGAAUGCAACCCUGGCUAUAAACUACUGGAUGACAAAGUGUCAUGUACAGAUAUAGACGAAUGUUUAUCGGUACCUGGAGCCUGCAGUCAGGAUUGUAUAAACACACAGGGCAGCUAUAUAUGUAAAUGCAACGACGGUUACAAGAAACGGUUAGAUGGGAAGACAUGCAAACGAAUUGACAAUAUAACACCUUGGCUUAUAUUCACAAACCGUUACUACAUCCGGGAAAUUACAACCGAUGGCAAAAGUUAUCAGAGAAUUGCAGACGACUUUGGGAACGCUGUUGCUCUUGACAUCUUGUACGACGAGAAUAUGUUAUAUUUCACUGACGUCACGGCUAAAGAGAUCAAGCGAAUGACAAUCAAUGGUUCCGUAACGGAAACAAUAAUUGACAAAGGAAUUACGUCCCCUGAAGGUUUAGCGAUAGACUGGGUAGCGAGAAAGUUAUAUUGGAUAGAUGCCAAGAGAAUAGCCAUGUUUGUAUCAGAACUGAAUGGUACGAGUGUUAAAACUUUACUGAAGAAGAGUAUUCUAAGACGACCACGUGCUCUGGUUGUUAACCCAUUCACGGGCUAUGCCUAUUGGUCGGAUUGGUCUAAGGAAUCUUACAUUGGUUCUAUUGGUCUAGAUGGCUCUGAACCAAACAUAGUUAUUAAGCGCAAAUUGGGUUGGCCGAACGCAUUAACGAUUGAUUAUGAAACAAAUAGAUUAUGGUGGGCUGAUGCUCAUCUCGACUGGAUAGAAUAUGCGAACGUAGAUGGUUCAAACAGACACGUGGUACGCAGGAAUGUACCCCACCCAUUUGCUAUUGCUGUAUUUGAGGACUGGGUAUAUUGGACAGACUGGAACCAUCUUACUAUAGAGAAAUGUAAUAAAUACACUGGUGAAAACUUCACCAGUCUACUUAAUACAACACAUAGACCAAUGGAUAUACAUGUCUUCCAUCCACUAAAACAGAAACUAGGAACGAAUCCUUGUGGAACAGAAAAUGGCGGCUGUAGUCAUCUUUGCCUUCAGAAGCCCGGUGGAAAUAAUUUCACUUGCGCAUGCCCAGACAAGUUUGAGCUAGAUGAUGAUAUGCACACAUGCAGACCUAACUGUUCUAUUACUCAGGUUAGAUGCGGAAAGACCGACGACAGAUGUAUUCCGAGAAUAUGGCAGUGUGACGGGUCACGUGAUUGCAAGGAUGGUGCAGACGAACCGGAUACAUGCCCUGCUACAACAUGCUCUCCCGGACAGUUCCGUUGCCGGAAUAACAAAUGCGUGUACGGGUUCCAAACCUGUGACCUGAUAGACCAGUGUGGAGAUGGGUCUGACGAAGAGGGAUGCGAGGACCAUGAGUGUGAACCGUGGCAGUUCCGGUGUGAGAAUCACAAAUGUAUUCCUAAAGGCUGGAAAUGUGACGAGGUUGAUGAUUGCGGAGACAAUAGCGACGAAUCUGUGAACAUAUGCCACAAGAGGAAAUGUGAAGAUAAUAAAUUUAUGUGUGACAAUGGCAGAUGUAUUCAGUUAUCCUGGCAGUGUGACUUUGAUGACGAUUGUGGUGAUAAUAGUGACGAAAAACCGGAAUUCAGCUGCAGUAACCGCACAUGUAAGCAAGGCUGGUGGAAAUGUCGGUCAAACUACAGGUGUAUCCCGGACUGGCAAAGAUGCAAUGGGAAAGACGACUGCAGAGAUAACUCGGAUGAAGAAACGGCCAAUUGUCCAAAAUGUCACCCUACAGGAGACUUCCAGUGUGAUAACAAACGAUGUGUACCAAAGCGAUGGAUGUGCGACUUUGACAAUGAUUGCGGGGACAACAGCGAUGAAAACCCAGUAAUGUGUGCGCCAUUGUACAGACAGUGUUCAGAAACGGAAGUGAGGUGUAAGAAUCAGAAAUGUAUCCGCAGCAAAUGGCAGUGUGACCAUGACAACGAUUGUGGAGACAACUCUGACGAAGAUCCUUCCAUUUGUACAAGUCCAACUGUGUGCACACGUAACCAGUUUCAAUGUGUGACAGGACAGUGUUUAGACAAGUCGUUUCGAUGUGAUGGGACCGGCCAAUGUCCGGAUUUGUCGGACGAGGCGAACUGUACCGGCAUUUACCCUCGUGGACGGGCGUGCCCCGGUGAAAAAUUCCAGUGCGGCAAUAACAUUUGCAUACCGUUGCACUGGCGAUGUGAUAGCUAUGACGAUUGUGGUGACCAAUCGGAUGAGAAAAUAGAAACAUGUGACCAGAUCACGUGUACGGAUAAAACACACUUCCGGUGUAAUAACCGGAAAUGCAUUCAAAGAUGGCAGUUGUGUGACAAUAUAACCCAAUGUGGCGACGGAUCGGAUGAGGAUAAUGCCACUGUUUGUAAACCACCGAAGCAGACGCCAUGCAAAGCUGAUCAAUUUAAAUGCAUGAAUGGCGGGUGUAUAACUUCUUCCGGUGUAUGCAACAACGUCAAAGAUUGUGAGGACGCUUCAGAUGAAAUUGGCUGCUCGAAAGGAGGAGAAAAGUCAACCUGUUCCGUAAAGAACGGCGGAUGUGAACAGAAAUGUAACGUGGUGAAGGACGGGUUUUAUUGCUCCUGUUGGAAUGGUUAUUACAUCAGCGCGUCUGACGGCAAGUCAUGUGAAGAUAUUGACGAAUGUUCAAUCUAUGGCAACGGAUGUCCACAGCUUUGUAAUAAUGUCAAGGGAUCCUUUAAAUGUCAGUGUGCAGCAGGUUUUACCGAUGUCAAAGGUCAAGGUCAUGACUGUAAACCAAAGAAAGUUAGUCGAUCCCUUUUCUUUUCGACCCUAACGGAAAUUCGACGUUUUCAACCGGAUAAAAAAGAGUAUUCAGGGGCGGUAAUCGCCGGAAGUUCGGUCACGUCUAUCGACAUUGAUAUUGAAAAGGAGCUUCUCUAUUGGACAGACCAAUCUAACAAAGGAAUAUUUCGUGCUCCGAUAACAAACAAGAAUGACAGGCUUGGGUUGCCACAAAACAUCGGUGUCCGUACUUCUGGACCUUACGGCAUUGCCGUCGAUUGGGUUGAAAAUAAUAUUUAUUGGACCGAUGUCAAAGAACACAGUAUUUCCGUUUCUUUGUUUGAUGGCAGAUACCAACAUACAUUGAUAUCUGAUAUAUAUGAACCAUUAGCUAUUGCCGUCAAUCCAAAAUAUGGACUGUUGUACUGGACUGAUGGAAAUCCUAAACAACCUCGCAUAGAGCAGUCGUGGAUGGACGGAACGAACCGGAAAACGCUCAUCUCCACUCGUCUAAUACGCCCGUCUGCACUUACUAUAGACUAUACAAUGUCGGACAGGGUGUACUGGGCGGAUUAUAAGUCUGGUGUCAUUGAGUCGAUGAAUUUUGACGGUUCUGAGAGAGCCCUAAUUAUAGAAAAAGCAUACAGUCCGGUCAGUUUAGAUGUGUUCGAGUCAAAGAUUUACUGGGUUUCUCAGAAGAAUGGGUCAGCACAUUAUAUGGAUAAAUUUGGUUUUGGGAACUCGACUGUACUUCAGACAGGACUAAUUUACCCGAGCGGAGUGAGGCUGUUCCAUAGACUCAGGAAAGACUUAGAAAUAAAACCAAGAUGCCCGAGGCACGGUGAAAUGUGUAGUCACUUAUGCCUGUUAAAACCACGAGGAUACUCGUGUGCAUGCCCGGAUGGUACUUCUUUUGAUGGAGAAAACACCUUUACAUGUGAUGCUGCCUCCGAGGUAGAGAAAUGGGCACCUAAGAUAUGCGCAUGCUGGAACGGUGGUGAAUGUAUCUUGUUUCACAAUGGAACACAUUCCUGUAUAUGUUUGCCAGGUUUUAGCGGCAACUUAUGUGAGCAUGUCGAACCGAAGAAACUUACGAGUGAAGAAGAUGUCCCAAGACUGUUGGCAAUAGUUAUACCUACAGUGGUUGUGUUUAUUCUUGGUGCAGGAUUACUUAUUGUUGUUCUUCUGAUUUGUAAGCGAAGACGGAAAAAGUCAGCAACCACCGUGGCUUAUUCUAAUGGAGAGCAUGUUGAAAUCCCAGCAGCAUUUUCCGUUCCUCCAGCAUCUGAAGUGCAAAUGGUGGCGGAUGAUCCAACGCCAACCAAUUUCUGUAACCCUUUGUACGAAACUUGUAAAGGUGAAGAUCCUCAGUCGUUCAUGAAAGGCGUGCAGGAAAUAUCCGUGCCUGAUGAGGAUUCGGAUCAUUACGCUUCAGCCGGCAGUGUAGCUAGCAUAUAUCCUUGUAGCGAUGCUAAAAACAAUGAAAGCACCUAUAUCACGCCUACUAAACACACCAACUCAACAGACUUUGCAAGUUUAGUGGCUGGAAGUGAACCUAGGCACCUCGACGCCGCAGAGGAUCAUGGGAGUGACACAAAUGUUCUCGUUAAACAAAGUGUAGAUGGACUUACUGAAGAGGAACAUCAAGUAUAGAUAAUACACCUCACCUGUUUAUACACCACAAAAACAUGACAAAUAUUUCAUCUAGACAAAGUGAUUUGGUCCCCAUUUUUGACAAACACUUUCUUUGUUAUGAUGGCCGACUUUCUUUAGGCAUCAUGUAGAUAAUUCAUUGCCAAUAGGUGAUUAAUAUUGAGUUUGCAAUUGGUAUUACAAUAAUAUAUUCCUUCUGCAAAUUGAUCAAGCUAUGCUUAAGAACUAGUUUUUACUUAGUUGCAACUACGUCAGAUAAUUUUAGUCAUUUUGGGGGGAUUGUGUUGACUUUAUACACAACAUAGUUUAAUAAAGAGUCUGUCAUAAUACCAUCAGACAUAGCAAAUUUGCUCAACCUUAACAUUUUUCUUUCAAAAAUACUGUUAAAUACAUAAUACCAUGUUUGAUACUUAUUCUCAAUAUGUUAUCAGAACUUGAAUAUCAAACUUUUUGUACCAAAAUGUAAAGCGAUUCCUAUCGGGCACAAUUUUUAUAUAACUAUUGUAAACUAUUUUCUUAAUUUAUACGAAAAAAGUUUACAGGAAUAUGUGUUUAACACACGGAUAUGAAAACAAUCAUUAUUAUUUCUGAAACAGCUAUCAAACGCCUCGUCAUCAAGAGGUAUUUCCUUAACAUGUAUCAAGCCCCAGGUUUCGUGACGCAAAAUUUCAAUAAAUAAACAUGGAGAGUGUUGGUUGAAAAUAUUUUUCAUUCAAACAGUGUUUUUAAAAGCUUGUUUAUUUCAUGUUUUCUCUUGAUUUAUACAGACGUUUAUAUGCAUAAUAUGUAACUCAUGACAACAAUUCAAUAAGAAGUAUCUCUCGAGUCUAAUAACUUAAAAAGGCAUGCAUCAAAGAGCCUUACUUUUACGAUUUAUUUCUUUAUGCAGAAACAUUUAUUGAUAACAUAUUUAUUUAGAAUUCUAAGACACUUUUCACGAAAUAGUAACUUUUUUCAAUUGUGACACCAUGUAUAUUUCACUGUAUUUAUUAUUUUUCUCCCCGAUUGUAUUGUACACUUAGAUUAUUUUGUGUAAGUUAAGAAAAUAUGCAUUUUGAACCGUUAUGUAUAAUCUAGAUAUGUAAAUAUAGUAUAAAAACUUGUAA